GUAAAAUAAAACUUGGUACGGGUCAAGGCUUGUCUUAUUCCCCAACUAUUCUUCUACUAUCAACGAGCUUUCGUCUCGUAUUUACAUGACUACAAUGUCUUCAACAUCGUCCACCACCGCCAAUCCUGUCGACAAGCCAGAGCGUAGCCGGAAUGCUAGGGCUCAGGCGCGCCACCGAGCGAAGCGCAAGGCCUAUAUCGAACAGUUGGAGCAAACCGUCACGAAACUCCAGGCUGCACUAGGCUUUUCACCAGAGCAAGUCUCUGCACUUCCGCCGUCGUCUAUCACCAUCCGCGAGCUCCAGCAAGACAACAGCAGGCUGCAGAAAGAAAUCGAGGAGCUACGUCGCGCACUCGCCGAAAUGAGUGGGGCGCGUCGGGGCUCAAUAGCUCCUUAUCCAGAUCCUCGCUGCGACCGCGACUAUAAGCGCAGAAAAAUGUCCUCGCACCUGGACAGCGUGUACAUGGGCCCCAGCGAUAGUCAUCUCAACGACCGACCUCCGCCACCGCUGACGAUCCCCCACUACGGCAGCGUCUCGUCAAGCAGUAACAGCAACGGAUCUCUGUUCAAUAUGCACGGGUCUACAUUCCAAAUGCCCAAUACCCCAUCCGGAUCCAGCGCUACGUCAAGUCCUCCAUUUUCUCCUAUCCAAAUGCAAGCACAUCCGAGUCUAGAUCAGCGUCCCCCCCUCCCCCACAGUGGUAGCAUGUCAAACUAUUCCCAUAGCCAAUACAGCGGUUCUGUGAAGGUGGAAGACGAUUCUUACGGAAACAGCAACAACCACCACUCGUCAAUCUCCUACUCGUACUCCAAUCAACAGCAUAACAACGGCCUAGAUUGGCACUCGUACUCCUCAGAACGCGCUCAACUACACCGAUAGAAUUCGUCUUUUCGCCUUCACUUUCCAUUACACCCUACCUUAGAUACCCUCAUGGACACGGAUCGCUAUGAGAUUGGUUUAGUUUGUCGUACUCGCUAUCAUUCGCUGUGUAUUCGCAUUUCUUAUUUCCGUCGUUCAAGCAAAACGCCGUACUGUACUAUCGCUCACCGGAAUCACGUACAUUUACAACACUUUUUAC